AUGUCACUCCUACAACACCAAGACUUCGUCCUCUACCGCAUCCGCAACCGCUACCUCCACUCCAUGAAAGACGGCGUCGGCGAGCGCCUCAUCAGCAUCAACCCCACGGCCCUCACCAUCCCCGCCUUCAAGAACGCCGGCUGGGGCUCGCCCACGGAGAUCCGCCGCACGUACUCGCCGCCCAUACCUGUCGGCGCCGAGACGGAGUAUUUUGCGCUGCGCGAGGCGGGCGUUGCCGUUGCCGUUGGUGGUGGUGGUGGUGGGGGGGCGAACGGAGCGGGGGGCGGCGGCGGGGCGCAGAAUGGGAGUCCGCCGCUGUUUGAGGUGCUGAUGAGUGGGAGUGCGGGCGGCAGGGAGCGCAGGAGGGCGAGGGAGAGGGAGAGGGAGAGGGAGAGGGAGGCGCAUACGCAUCGCGAGGUGGAUGAUAGUAGUGUUAGCGAGGAGAGCGAGGAGGAGGAGGGGGGCACGGCCCCCAGCACACGCAUCCAAUUCGACUUCCCCAAGAAAGAGAUCGCCCCACGCCCGCGCUCGGGCAGCUCCCCCAUCCGCUCCGGCCCCCAAGUCCUCGUCACCUCCCCCUCCAAAUCGCGCACCCGCCGGCUGCGCGGCGGCUCCCACGGCGACGUCGACUUCGUCAAGAGCACGCUGCACACCUCCAACAUCGACCGCCUCCCCGACGCCGACGAGGAGCUGCUCAGCAGCGGCAUCAUCUCCGCCGAGAAGCUGCACGCCCGCAUCACGGACCGCCUGCGCUCGUCGCCCAACUCGUCGCUGCCGCGCGACGACGGCUUCGAGAGCCCCGACGACAGCGACGACACGGCGAGCAUCUCCUCCGACUUCCCGGAGACGGCAGACUCGAACCCCGCGGUGCUCGGCGGCAUGGGCAUGGGCAUGGGCAUGGGCAUGGGCAUGGGCAUGGGCAUGGGCAUGGGCAUGGGCAUGGGCAUGGGCAUGGGCAUGGGCAUGGGCAUGGCCGGGUCGUCGUCGCUGAGCACGGCGAUGCGGCGCCUGCCGCCGCAGCUGCAGCUGCACCACGACGCGGCGGUCCUGCACGCGCUGCCGCCGCCCAUCCGGCCCGUGUCGCAGCUGCAGCCCGUGUCGGCGCUCACGCAGCUGCUUGCGGCCAAGAGCCGCGAGGCCGAGAACCCGCUCGAGAGCUACCGGCUGUUUAGCGGCAAGGGCGAGCUCACGCCGAUCACGCUGCACCUGUACAUCCCGUACUCGCGCAGCAAGGCGCCGAUCGACGUGAUCCUGAACCGGCUGCCGAAGCAGCGCGAUGGCCAGAACGGCCGCGGCGAGACGACGGUCGCGGAGGCGAUCGGCUUCACGCUGUACAAGUACAUUGAGGACAAGCGCGAGCCGGCGCUGACGGAGGAGCUGGGCGAUAUCAACAUGUGGACGUUCCGCAUGGUGGAUGAUGGCGAGCCGGACGAGGACUUUCCGCCGCUGGAGCGCACGCAGCCCGUCACGGCGUACAUUGUGAAGAAGACGGGGCGCGGCGGGCGCGGCGCGCGCGACAUGAAGAUGGAGGGCGAGUUCGCGAUGGUGCAGGCCACGCCCGAGCAGUAUGUCGAGAACUGCCGGGCGACGCCCACCGAGCGGCGGCGGAAGCCCUCGACCACGAUCACCGCCGCCUCCAUCGCCGUGUCCACCGCAGCCAGCGCCCCGCCCGGCGGCGUCCCCGCGGCCCCCGCGACCCCCAGCACCCCGACUUCAACGACCAUCGGCCUCGCCGCGACCACCGACCACGCCACGCCCGCCACAAAGACCGGCCCCAGCAAGAUCAUCCGCAUCCACAUCAGCACCAUCGACGAGUUCGCGCAGUCCGUCUCCGUGUGCGUCACCAGCGACACCUUCAUCGCAGAGGUCCUCGACCAGGUCUGCCGCAAGAAGCACCUCGACAAGUCAAAGUACAUCCUGCGCCUCACGGGCCACCCGAACGUCAUCUGGCCGCUCGAGCGCACGGUUGCCGCGCUGGGCGACCGCGCGGAGCUGGACCUGGUGAAGAAGAAGAUGCUGCCGGUGCCGGCGGUGGCGUCCAUACCGCUGCAGACACAGGCCCCGGCACCGGUCCAGCAGGAGGAGGAGGAGAGCGGUAGGAGGAUGCGGUAUCUGCAGCCCUCGGCGGCAUGGGCGCCGGAUAUGCUAGGCAGCCGUGACUACCUGAAAUACACCGUGUGGCGCAAAGCCGGCAUGUCGUUCAUGUCGCGGCACGAGCGCAUCCUGGCCAUCGACGGCGAGUACGUGCACAUCAUGCCGUCGCUCGCGCAGGACAGCAGCAAGACGACCAGCAUCCACAUCAGCACCAUCGUCGGGUGCAAGACGUACCGCAAGCAGCCCAGCCUGUUCAAGAUUGUGGUGCUGCGGCCGCAGCGCGAGAUGAAGCGGUACGACUUUGAGGCGGUGAGCGCGGAGCAGGCGGUCGAGCUGGUGGCGGCGCUGCGGGAGGGGAUGGGGAGGUUUGGGUUGCAGUAG